GACACGGCCAGAGCACUGAGAGAUAUCAGGUAUUGAUGUAACUGGAGUGAAUAAGGGAACCUUCUUCCUGAGCACAGACAUUGGAGCCUGUUAUCAGCAUGAACUCAUAUGUGUUAGACAAACACUUGAAUACUUCAUAUCCCUCCACUACAGGAAGCAUCAGAAUGAUACCGCAAACUCCAAACGUCUUAGACACCAAUGACUGUUCACAAACAUUGAGUAAAUCACAGCAGAUAUUUAAAGAAGAUGGUGAAUUGUCAGGAACUGGACAGCAAUCAUUAUGUACAGAGAGUAAUUUAGUCAUCAAACAAGAGGACAACAUUUAUGACUUAUCUAGUGAAAUUAUUAUCCCAGAAGAUAAACCACACACAUUUACUGAGUUUUCAAAACAUAUUAAAGAAAGGAAAAGUCUACAGUCUAACCAAAUGAUUCAUACAAAGGAGCAACCUUUCAAAUGUACAGAAUGUGAGAAAAGCUUUAGAUGGAAGUCUCAUCUACUAGAACACUGCAAAAUUCACACAGUUGAGAAACCACACACAUGUACUGAGUGCGGCAAAUGUUUUACACGAAUGGAAAAUCUGAAAAGUCAUGAAAGGAUUCACACAGGGGAAAAGCCGUUCACUUGUACAGAGUGUGGAAAAAGUUUUACACAAAUAGGUAGUCUGAAAACUCAUGAAAGGAGUCACACAGGGGAAAAACCUUUCACUUGUACAGAGUGUGGAAAAAGUUUUACACAAAUAGGUAGUCUGAAAACUCAUGAAAGGAGUCACACGGGAGAAAAGCCUUUCAAAUGUACAGAGUGUGGAAAAAGUUUUACACGAAUGGAUUUUCUGAAAACUCAUGAAAGGAUUCACACAGGAGAAAAGCCUUUCACAUGUACAGAGUGUGGAAAAAGUUAUACACAUAUAAAUAAUCUGAAAAAGCAUGAAAGGAACCACACAGGAGAAAAGCCUUUCACAUGUACAGAGUGUGGAAAAUAUUUUACACAAAAGAGUCAAUUGAAAAGUCAUGAAAGGAGUCACACAGGAGAAAAGCCAUUCACAUGUACAGAGUGUGGAAAAUGUUUUACAGAAAAGGGUGAACUGAAAUAUCAUGAAAGGAGUCACACAGGAGAAAAGCCUUUCACAUGUACAGAGUGUAAAAAAAGUUUUACACAAAAAAGUGAUCUGAAAAGUCAUGAAAGGAUUCACACAGGAGAAAAGCCGUUCACAUGUACAGAGUGUGGAAAAAGUUUUACACAAAAGAGUAAUCUGAAAAGUCAUGAAAGGAGUCACACAGGAGAAAAGCCUUUCACAUGUACAGAGUGUGGAAAAUGUUUUACACAAAAGAGUAAUCUGAAUACUCAUGAAAGGAGUCACACAGGGGAAAAGGCUUUCACAUGUACAGAGUGUGGGAAAAGUUUUAUACGAAUGGAUCAUCUGAAAACUCAUGAAAGGAGUCACACAGGAGAAAAACCUUUCACAUGUACAGAGUGUGGAAAAUGUUUUACACAAAUAAGUAGUCUGAAAACUCAUGAAAUGAUUCACACAAGAGAAAAGCCUUGCACGUGUACAGGAAAAUGUGGAAAAUGUUUUACACAUAAUUGUAGUCUGAAAAAGCAUGAAGGGAUUCACACAGGAGAAAAGGAGAAAAGCCUUUCACAUGUACAGAGUGUGGGAAAGGUUUUACAUGAAUGGAUUGUCUGAAAACUCAUGAAAGAAUUCAUAAGGGAAGAAACCUUUAACAUGUUUAGAAAGUGGAAAAAAGGUUUUUAUUAAAGUCAGGUAUCACAAAACACCAAAUAUUUACACACAAAGAAACGUUAUACACUUUUGUGUACAACCUCUUUACAAUUAUCCUCUCUAGGACAAACUCUCUAAAUAGAAGCAUCAAAAAGGAUCCUAUUGUAAAUAAUACUUUCUUAAUCCCAGUUAUAAAAGCCCCAUAUUGGAAAAACUCUCCUGCUCUCCUGUUCCUCUAUAUAUGUGCACCUCAGUUUCUCUCAUAUCAGUGUGGUAGAAUCCAAACACCACACAGGAAUAUACAAAUCUGUCCUCAUACUGAUAAGUUUACACAACCAUUCACCACCAAAGCACCCGCAGUGUUAUUUAUUAAUAUGCCAGUUUUAGGAGUUGCACAUUUUGAUUUACAUAGGGGAGGAAAUAAUUAUAUUUACAGAAUAAAGGAGUCUUUGAAUGAAUAGAGUGUUAGAGAAUUAUAUAAACAAGAACAUCAGUCUCAAAUGAUUGACAUCUGGGAGAUAUAUUCAAUGUGCACAUCAUGUGGAUAAACCAUUUCUUAUAGCAAUAGAUGCUUAGCAUUGUACAUGUUAUAUACCAGAUGAAUUACUGAGGGGAAACUGAUUUUUAACCGGUACAUUUGUGUGACCCCCUAAUUAGGGACUACGUUCUUCCCAAAUAAUAGACACACAUCAUCUGUUGAGGUAAAAAGGCUGCAGCUUGUUUUAUUAAACAACAUAACUUAACAUAUAAAUAAAUAUUUACAUUUUUUA